UGCUCGCUUGCUGUUCGUCUGCUCGCACCGCUGUCGACGCCGAGCAUCCUCCGGCCCACCACCCGACCGCCAACGACAGAACGCAUCCCGCGGUGCCCCCCCAUUCUGCGGCCCUGUCUGCUUGGUCCUGACCCGCCUGUCACUCCGGGACCCUACGUGUCGCUCCGUCGCUCUCCUCUCGGGCGGCAGUGUUCGCCAGCGUCGAAUCGCAGCGCAUCGUGUUGCCCAUCCGAGCCGGGCUCUACCGACGCUUGCAUCCUCCGCAUCGCCACGCCAAGCCAAGGCCGCUCUCGCUGCCCUAAAAUUUCGGCCCAAGUUGCUCUGGGCUUUGGUCACCCGGAUCUUCCACCAUGUUCGACACGCUGCUAUGCUGCGGCUCAUGCUACAACCAUGUUACCAUGGUCAACAACGUCUUUCCCAGCCAGCCUGGUGAAGAGGGCCCCAAGCCAGCGAGUCUGUCGCUGCUCGUCAACUAUGCACAGACAAAACCCCACAAGUUAACCAAAAUCGGCGUCUAUCUCGAAAAGCGGCUGGCCAAGGACAAACGAAGAGGCAAAACCGGCUACAUCAAAGUGACUCUCGCCAUCCUCAACAAGCUGCUGGCUGAGUGCCAUACCCAUCUGAACCUGAUUUCAAAGUACACGCUGAGGAUCGUCAUGGAGAUUCUGGACUAUCCGGAUACCGAGCUGAUGUUGGAUGCCACGAGCACCUUUGUGAUCUUCAGCGAGUACUACCAGCACGAAAUCACCGACCCCGAGUUUGUUCGACUGUACGUGGAGCUUGUUGGCAAGUUCUGCGACAAUUGCGAGUGCAACUCCACAGACUCGCUGCUGAAUCACAAAACUCGAAUCUCUGGAUUGAAGGCCAUCCAAUCGAUCGGAUCCAACGACAAUUUCCUCAAAGAUGCAUCGGUCGAGCAGCUGGUCAAGCGCAUGAUCCCAUCCUCCCUGCACAACCUAACCUACACACAAUCGAAUCGAGAUCCCCCUAAGGCCACCAUGAAUACUGCUAUGAUGUCGCACUCGCGCGCCUCCGUGAUCGAUCACCUCUUCAACGACGAUGAGCUGCACCAGGUUGCCUCGAGCUUUUUGAAGGAAGUGUUCCGGCGAACAAAUGUCAACAACAUCAAACUGCUCUCCGACACGGUCUUUGGCUUCUUCUCGGAAAACAAGGCGUGGAAGGCAUCCGAGAAUGUUAUCCGGGCGUUCGAGAUCAUAACGAGUGCCGUUCCCGAUCAAUACCGCCACGUUCUCAUGAAGCGGAUUCUCGAGCUGCUCAAUCAUGAGGUUGCUGGAGAAGAUGCAGCUCGAUCCACGCUCGUCCAGACCUUGACGCUACUGAUUGCGGCCGGUGGAAGCUCGGCGGGUCUGUCGCCUAUGGAGCUUCUCGAGGCGCUCGUUCGGCACCUGAUGCACACAGUCACUGUUGGACACGGCGAUUCCGUGACUGAAACCAGGAGCCAGCAGCGUCUGAUCGAGGCCAUUGCUGCCAUGAGCAAAAACAUUGCGUAUCCCGAGCAGCCCAACGAGAUCCUUGUGUAUUUGAUCAACCGCCUCGCGAUCGACCCAGCGGCCCCAACGACCACCACCCCGGACGAUCAGCAAAACUGCACGCGACUGGUGCUUUUCAAGACCAUGAACUGCUUCUUGGUGGAGCGCAUUGAGAUGCUGACCAAGCGCGACUCUCCCAGUGGCGGUCUGGGGCAGACACGUCGCCAGUCAUUUAUCCGCUCUCCCUUCGACAUGAAUCUCCUUGUGCCACUGCUCAAAUUUUACUACGACAAUCGCUCAGAUGUGCGACAUGGAUUUCACAAGUUCAUGUAUUCGCUGAUGACCCUUGAGGGGAUCGAGUCUGGCUCUGUGUAUUCUCCUAUCGCCGAUCGAUUCUGUAUCACGCUCUUCCGCACCCUCUACGACUAUGCUCAGAAUCCAUCGAAUCUGCCUGCCGACUACGUCGCCAUCGGACUGAGCUUUUCCAAAUCACUCACGCGCUACUACGGCGAGGCCCUUCUGGGAGUAACCCCUGUGCUCUUCAAGCUCCAGGUGCGCACUUUUGGGCAGGGACGAGUCGAUACGUAUGCGAGCGCGCUUGAAAUCCCAGUGGCAGGCACCAUGGAGGCACCAUGGGUGUCAAAGUCUGCUUGUCCAGCGCUCUCAAAGCACCGUGAACUUACCGGCAGAGGCCACGAUGUCGGUUGCUUGCUGAUUCCCUGCUCAUCGCGGUUCAUCCAGGCAUUGCUUCAGCAGGGAGCAAUUGAGUUCCCGCGACAGCAGCGCGGCCUCAACAAUGUUAUCAUCGGGGUGUUCUUGCAAGCCGCUAGCAUCUUCAAGAACGCAAGUCUUGGCGCAUAUGUGGAGCAGGUUCAGCAUGAGCUGUCAACCCACCAGUGGGCUCCCUCGAUCGAGAUCUCGUUUGAAGCAUACGAGUCGCUGCUCGGCAAAACCUUUGACGACACCGAAGGUUUGAGCUCGGACUAUCUCCAGCCGGUAUCGGUCUUCCUUUCCAGAGAACGGGUGAUUGAUAUUUUGAGCAGCGAGCCGCAGCUCAGCAUGGUUAGCGAUCUGCGGGUCCAACUUGCCAUCGAAUACAAUCCCGAAGAAGUCGAACAAGCGCUUGCGGCAGGCGCCUCACGGAAGCGACAGAAGUCUCUUGGGCGGCUAGCUCCCGCAACAACGUUCCUCAACCCCGUACCAGGCACUUCGCCCACUCCCGGCAAGGGCACCUCGCACAAGUCCAGCACCAAGGUGGAAUCGUCGCCGAUAAAACUCGAGGAGCUCAAGGAGGCUCUCGCCGGACCCAGCAACAUUGUUGUGACCAACCCGGCAGCCGAGGCGCGCGACUCGGUCAGCCCGGCGAGCGAUCUCGCCACCAGAGUGGGUAUCACGAGCAGCGUCAGCGCCGGAAGUGGCUCAUUGAGCCGGGCUGUGGCCGAUCCCAUCAAGGACGUCAAGAAUAUCCUGGGCUCUAUCAAACUCUCCACCGCCGACAAGUCCUCUGUCCGAUCCGAAUCGCCGUCGCCCAACUUCAGCUCCGUGAAGGGCACCAAGCUCUCUGCAUCAGCAUCCACCACAGCUCUUCACGCCAAAUCACCCAGCAUCUUGCCGCAGCGGGCCAUACAGCCCCAGGUGAUCGGCGAAGCUCAAAAUGGAUCCGAUGAGACCGUCGAUGGAGUUCCAAACCGCCGUGUCGACUCUGAUGGCAGCCUCGCCGACGGCCGAGCGUCGGCCUCAAGUCCCCUGGCGCUCGCGCUGCCCGCCAUUCGGCUCAACAAGACCCCAAGCUCCAACAGCAUGUCGAGCCUGCGUGCCAAACAGCCACAGACCCAGCUCUGAUUCGAGAUCCCUUGUGGCUGAUGUUGCUUGCUGGAAAUCGAUCACAGCCGCAACGGCUGCCUUGGCGCGAUUGUGCCCGAAGGCUGCAGAGCCAGCCCCAGAGUCCAUGCACCUCGCUGCUGGCUGUCACGCAGCAGCAGGCCAAUUCUUUCCCGUCUUCCCACAAGGUCCAGUCUUCGUUUCGUGCUGUCUCUAGAUUGGGCACCUUUAUGCGUGCUAAAUUUCGUUAGAGUCGUUCCUGUACUUCUAUCUAUCGCCUUUGCCUUUCCAUUUGCCGUUAUUCCGAAAUCUCUCCUUCUUUACGCCAUUGUUUCCGAGUAUCCUUCCUUGUGCCCUUUGGAUCUCCAAGGCAAUGGCUGAAUACACCUUGGCCCUCUCCUCCUUCA